CACGCCAACACAGUCACGUCUGACGACACCUACUACUGCGCGCACUAAUAAGUCAUCCAAGUCUGUAGCCUCUUCACCAAGUUCACCAAUCUCACCACUUCAAAACAGUACUUUACUUAGAAGAUUCAGGUCGAGUAAAAAAAAAAGUCCAAGGUCUUCUCCUAAAAAGGAAGCCUUAAGAUUGGAUGUUAUUACAGGCGACUGGAUAAGCGUUUGUAACACUCCUUCUAAAGUAAAAAAGGUCAGACCUCAGUGCGAUCGAUUUAUUCCAACUCGUAAUAUUAUGGGUGAUCUAUCAAGUCAUUUCAAUACUACGCACAGGGAAUCAGGGAAAGAACAAUAUAUGGAUAGUGCAGACCUAGAAUAUCAAGAGAAAUUGGCGGAGGCUUGCGGUAUUGCAUUUGAGAGACGAAUUUUGCAAUUUAGUGCACCACCGAAUGGAAAAGAUGAGUUAAGUCAAACAUAUAGUCAAACAUAUAGUCAACGUUCAAAGAAAUUUACUACAUCAAUUCAAUUAAAAAGACGAAUAGCUACUGUCCCUGAACGCAUCCUUGAUGCACCGGGCAUGAUAGAUGAUUAUUAUUUAAAUCUAUUAGAUUGGAACGUUAAGAACAUGCUGGCCAUUGGACUUGAUCAGAAUGUAUACGUCUGGAACGCUGAUACUGGAGAUGUGAGAACUAUUGCUCAAACGGAAGCUAAUGAUUAUGUUUCUAGCUUGUCUUGGUCUCACGAUGGUGAAUACUUGGCUGUAGGAACAAGUGAUGGUGACACUCAAAUAUGGGACAUUUUGAGAGAACAAAAGGUUCGAUCAAUGUCAGGGCAUACUGCUCGUGUUGGUGUUCUAACUUGGAACAAAUAUCUUGUUUCUUCUGGUUGUAAAGAUGGUAGUAUUUGGCAUCAUGAUACUAGGGUUGCACAACAUAAAAUCGCUGAACUACUUGAUCAUGCGAGUGAAGUUUGUGGACUGAAAUGGAGUUAUGACGGUGAACAAUUAGCAAGUGGAGGUAAUGAUAAUCGCGUAAAUAUAUGGGAUGCGAGAUCAAGUAUACCAAAGAUUACAAAAAAUAACCAUCUUGCAGCAGUUAAGGCUGUUGCAUGGUGUCCGUGGAAAAACAAUCUCCUUGCGACAGGCGGAGGUUCAUUUGAUCGUCAGAUCCAUUUCUGGAAUACAAGUUCAGCGUCCCGUCUUAAAUCAAUUGAUACGAGAUCUCAAGUUACUUCAAUAAUUUGGUCAAAAGAAUAUCAAGAACUCUUGUCUACACACGGAUUUCCAGAACAUCAUAUGUCUAUUUGGUCUUAUCCAAAAUGUCGAAAAAUCAUCGACAUUCAAGCUCAUGAUACUCGUGUUUUGCAUUCAGCCAUUAGUCCUGAUGGGCAGGUAGUGGCUACAGCUGCGAGUGAUGAGAAUCUGAAAUUUUGGAGAGUUUUUCAAAGUCAAAGCAAAAAUGAGAGAUCUAGAAGUAGUGUUAAGGAAGAUGGAACAAGU